AUGGGGUUCGUGCACCUCGCUCCUCUACUGGGCACGAUGUCCACAACACAGCUCUUUUUCCUCUUGGGUAUUCUCACGCACUUGCUGUAUUUUCGUCAUGGUGAAUGGGACCUCUACGCUUUCCAUCUCCUCAUUUCUUUUUGCUCGGCGCAGAUUCUACUUGCAGCGUAUUUUGUGGCAUGUGAGGGUAUUGCAUACGCUCAAGCUUGGAGUUUCAGCAUCAAAGUUUCGAUUUUCUUUCUUUCUGGCGUUUAUAUAAGUCUUUUGACGUAUCGCGCUGCUUUCCACCGCCUCAACCGAUUCCCUGGGCCACUAGCAGCGAGGCUGUCAAAUCUCUACAUUACAAUACUGUCUGUCAAAAGAUUUCAACGUCACAGAGAGAUCAUGCGUCUUCACAAGAGAUACGGUGACAUCGUCCGAGUCGGUCCAUCAGAACUUUCUAUAAAUGAUCCUGCGCUAUUCCACUCGAUUCAUUCGAAAUCGUCAACCUUCACCAAAGGUCCCUGGUAUAAUCUCAUGCAUCCAGUUGUUUCUCUCCAUAUGAUUCGCGACCACGAGGAGCAUAGUCGGCGGCGCAAGAUCUGGGACAAAGGCUUCAGUUCGAAAGCACUUCGAGAGUACGAACCGCGAGUAGCUUUGUAUACUGAACAAUUGCUCAAGCGCAUUGUAUGCAGUGGAAACCAGACUGUCAAUGUCACCGCUCUAUUCAACUACUACAGCUUCGAUGUCAUGGGCGAUCUAGCCUUUGGCCGGAGCUUCAACAUGCUCAGAGAUGGUGCCGCUCACAAAUACAUGAAGUCUUCCCAUGACAAUAUGUUAACCGCGACCGCCUUCAGUCACUUAGUUUGGAUCUUUCCCAUUGUAAAGAAAAUCCCCGGCCUGAAUUAUGAACAUGUCCGGCUGCAGAAGUGGCUUACCGAACAGGUGGAGCAAAGACGGCAAAGCCCCCCGACAACGCCGGAUAUUUUCUCCUGGCUUCUAAACGGUUUUGAGAAUCUUGAUUGUCCAACCCCCCAAGACGAGGUCAAUCUUGUUGGGGACGCACACUUGGUCGUCGUCGCUGGGAGUGACCUCACGGCAGCGUCAAUUACAUGUCUAUUUUAUCAGCUUGCCCUUCAUCCACGCAUCAUGGCAAAAUUGGUAACUGAAAUUGAUCAAUUCUACACCAAGUACGAACACCCAAGUCAUCAAGGUCUUUCGAAACUCGAGUAUCUCAAUGCCUGUAUCGAUGAAUCACUUCGUCUAUACCCACCAGUACCAUCAGGCCUCCAGCGUAUCAGUUCGCCACAAGGUUGCCAUGUUGGUGAUCUUUACAUCCCUGGUAACACUAUUGUACAAAUUCCCUCAUAUGCAAUGUAUCGAGAUGCAAAGAAUUUCACACUGCCCAACGAUUUUAUUCCCGAGCGUUGGACAACAAGACCUGAACUGACGCGAGAUUCAUCGAUUUAUGCACCUUUUUCAAUCGGUAGGAUUUAUUUCCCUCUGAUUGGCUCUAAAAAUUCUAGUUUUUUAAUUAUUCGAGUAGGCUCGUAUUCGUGUGUGGGUAAACAACUCGGUUUAAUGGAGUUGAGGUUCGUAACAAGCCAAAUCCUCAAACAUUUCAAUGUCAACCUGCCAAACGACUUUGAUCCAAAUCAAUUCCCCGAUGGUGUGAAAGAUGGACUCACCAUAGUUGCGCCGGACUUAAACUUAGCUUUCACGCGAAGGCAUUGUUAA